AUGACCAGUUCACAAUUCCUUCCAAGAGGAACACCCCAGACAGUGCCAAGUCCUCAAGAGCAAGCUCCGAGCAUGCUACCUCCAGGGUACCCGCUGCAUGUGGCCAACCCCCAUGCCUUGCCUGUCCUUUCGGGCAAUGCCCGGCCAAAGCAGGAUCCCCGUGUAACCCAAACCGUCCCCAAGCAAGCUUUACUGACAGGAGCUCCCCCUGGUGCGCCCAGCAUCAUGCACAGACUCCCCCCACUGGAAACGAUUCUGAAGAGUCUCACUUCAGCCUCCAAUCCCAUCAGUCCCACACCUGGAUCAGAUGCUGUCAUGAGCAGUCCUCGGGGCAUACAACCAGCAUCCUUAAGACCAAAUCGACCAAGGCUCGUUCGGCCGCACAGUUUCCCAGACGCUUCAGUAUUCACCAGUGUGUCCAUGCCUGUCCAGUCCCCGUCUGGCAACUUUCCUUCACCAACUUCCCCCAGUUUUCCCUACUCCCCAGCUAGUCUCCUGACAUCAUUGCCAAAGUCACUGCCAGACCCUUCCCCUGCCCCAGCCAUUAAUCUGUCACCAAAGACAAAGACCCAAUCUUCCUCAGUUUCAAACUUUCCCGCGUUAACCAGGUCUGCUUCCACGUACUCUGCCCUCCAUAAACAAGCAGCUCCCAGUUUCCCUCCCUCGCCCUCCAAUUCCCAAGCAUCCUGCACUGCAAACUUCAAGCUCUCCAGCUUCCAAGCAACCCCAGGAAGUUCUUCCUCACCUAGUACCAAACCAGGAGGGACCUCAGUCCCUUCGAGCCCUUCCUCACCCAGGAGCACCUUGGGUGGAUCGAAAAGUAACCCUCCCACCCCACGGAGUAAAGCAACCACGCCCAGCACCCCUACAGAAUCUGGACCGGGCUGCAUUGUGGAGGAGUUUACCUUUCAGAGGAUGGUGCGGCCUGAGAUUGGAAUCAUGAACCCUUGGAUGUGGGGCAUCCGUGAAGUCAUUCAGUUCCUGAUUGAUGCCGGAGAGAGAGGGUGUGUGGAGACCUUCAGCAAACAGAACAUUGACGGCAGGAAGUUCAUGUCGCUGACCAAGGACCAGAUCGCCAAGCUGACUGGGAUGAAGGUAGCGCCCUCGCUCAAGAUCUACCAGCAGAUUGUCAGGCUGCGGAGCCUCUUCCCAACCCCAGACUGA